ACAAACAGAUAAUAAAAUGGAGUUAGCUAAUAAGCCCAGCAUCUUCUUUUUCUUCUUCUUCUUCUUGUUCACCUAUGCCGUGAAGGCCCAUAUAGCGGACUUUGAUGAGGUGUGGCAGCAGCGAGCCAAGGAGGCCGAGAAGCGCACCAAUGACAGCUACGAAUCCGAUCCUGAGGCAGUCACCACUCGAUUCAACUCACAUGUCGACAAGGCGUUGAAGAAAGCUUCGAGUAACAACACGAGAAGGACGUUGCUGAGAGGCGGAGGGCCAUGCCUGGCAACGAACCCAAUAGACAGGUGCUGGAGGUGCCAGGCCAACUGGGCCAAGAAUCGAAAGAAGUACGCCAAGUGCGUGCUGGGCUUCGGCAAGAAGACUAAGGGUGGCAAGAACGGCCGUAUCUACGUCGUCACUGACCCCUCCGACAGCGACAUGGUCAACCCAAAGCCCGGCACCCUCCGUUACGCCGUCAUCCAGAAGGAGCCACUCUGGAUCAUCUUUGCCCACGACAUGAACAUCCGCCUCAGCGAGGAGCUCAUUAUGUCCUCCUACAAGACCAUCGACGGCCGUGGCUCCAACAUUCACAUCGCCUACGGCUCUGGCAUAACCCUCCAGUACGUCGAUGAUAUCAUCAUCACUAACCUCCACAUCCACAACAUCUACUCCGGCAGCGGCGGCCUUAUCCGUGACUCCGUCGACCACUACGGCAUGCGCACCCGCAGCGACGGUGAUGGCAUUUCCCUCUUCAGCGCCACCAACAUUUGGAUCGACCAUGUGUCCAUGUCCCGCUGCGCGGAUGGACUCAUCGAUGCCAUCAUGAGUUCCACCGCCAUUACCAUCUCCAAUAACCACUUCACCACCCACAACGAGGCGAUGCUGUUCGGAGCAAGUGACAGCUACUCCGCUGACGAGAAGAUGCAAAUAACUGUAGCAUUCAACCACUUCGGGACGGGAUUAGUACAGAGGAUGCCCAGGGUACGAUAUGGAUUCGUCCAUGUAGUAAACAACGAUUACACCCACUGGGAAAUGUACGCCAUUGGUGGCAGCUCACACCCAACCAUCGUCAGUCAGGGCAACCGCUUCAUCGCUCCAACUACAUUGACAGCCAAGGAGGUUACCAAGAGGGAUUACGCAACCGAGGACGUGUGGAAGAACUGGGUGUGGAGAUCUGAGGGUGAUCUGAUGAUGAAUGGUGCCUUCUUCGUCCAAUCUGGAUCCCCAUUAAAGAAAAAGUCCUUCUCCAACAAGGACAGCAUCAGCCCAAAGCCCGGCACCUUUGUCACCAGGCUUACUCGCUUUGCUGGUGCACUCAACUGCAAGAUUGGCAAGCCUUGCUAAAUUGGUUCUUCUUCUUCAGACACUUCACCUUAGUAGCCUACCGUGCUUAAACAAAGAGCAACUGUGUAGGCGUGUAGGUCAGGGAUAAGAUCAGCACCUUUAGCCCAUUGAGGGUGUGCUUCUUCUUCUUUGGUUUUAGUUUCUAAGGAAAAAAAUUAAAAAGUAGAGAAAUAAAAACGGAAACAAGAGGGUGAAGAGAAUGUUCAUAUAUAUAGAUUUGUAUUAGCUACUGAUUCAAUUUAUUGGUAAUAUAUUACUACUAUUUUCUUCU